UGGCAUUCUAAUGUUGACCUGUGUAGUAGAAACGUACAAACGAUUCGAUGCAGAGACGGGUCUUGACCUGGCGAUGAGACCCGAGAACUCUCCAACCACCGUGAGGUUGUUGGCAUGGACAGUAAGUAAUUUUCCAAGUGUUAUAACAAACUAGGAAAUGCCAGAUGUAACAAGUGUAAAAAGGAACAGAACAUGGUAAACUGGGGAAAGGUGAUGGGUACUUCGUACGGAGUAUACUGAGGCACAUCCGGGAGAAGUGGAACCCGUCAGUCCUCCUCGACAAAUUAAUGCAGUCAAACAAACGUUUACCUCUGGAGAUUGAACCACAACGCCCUGUAAUAUCAAUACCCCCAAGUCAUAUCAUGAAUAGAAAUUCCCAUAUGGAAAAGGCAAUGCAAACCUCACCCCCAAACACAGUAUCCCAAGACACAUCAAACAAAUCACCCCGAAAGUGAAGUAUUAAGAAGAAAAUGUUAAAACAAAAACUGACGUAACCAUACAUAUUUAUUUAUCCAGGAAAACCCCACUAACCCAAACAACCUCCACCAAACCCUCCCCAAACUUACAUCAACACCACCACACACUCACAACUAAACCAAAAAUGCCCGGAGGACUAACAACGCACCUCAAAACCCACAACUCUUCCACCUACCACAGCGCAACGACACAUCCUUUCCUCGUGGCCGCGGGCAAGGGCCAACUCCCCAAAUCCACCUUGGCCAAAUGGCUUUCGCAGGACCGGCUCUAUGCGCAAUCCUACGUCCGAUUCAUUGGGCUCCUGCUCUCUAAAUGUCAACUUCCGCAUACGCCCAAGAACGCUGAGACAGUGCUCGAGCGACGGAUCGUCGCGGUGCUCAUCGAUGCGCUGGUGAAUAUUCAACGUGAGAUCGGCUUCUUCGAGGAGGUGGCGAGGGAGUAUGGGUUGGAUCUGGCGGUUGUGCCGGAGGGGGAGGAGACAUUCGGGCCGGGGACGAUUACGCAGGCGUAUAUUGAUAUGUUUAUGUCGGCGGGGAGUCCUGCAGUGAGUUUGUUGGAGGGGUUGGUUGUUUUGUGGGCUACUGAGGUGUGUUAUCUGGAGUCUUGGGAGGGGGCGAAGCGGGUUAUGGGGAGUGUGAGCGAGAGUGGGAGUGGGAAAAGGGAUUUGGAUGGCGGGGCGCUGAGGGAGAGGUUUAUUCCUAAUUGGACGAGUCUGGAGUUCAGGCAGUUUGUGGAGGGGAUUGCGGAGGUGGUUGAUGCUCUGGCUUCGAGGGUACUGAAUAAUGAGGAGGGGGACGUGAUGGCCCGGUGUGAAAGGUGGUGGAGGCAGGUGAAGUGGUUGGAGGAGAGGUUUUGGCCGGAUGUUCCCGUGGCUGAUCAGGAAUGAGAUGCUGUUGGAAUUGAGUAAAGAUCAACG